AUGCGAUCCAGACAAGCCUUCUCACCUGUACGUCCUGGUCCUCUGGUAUUCCUGGUACCUGCCAUCUCCAGUCUACCCAUCUGUAUGCUCCGGUCCCUUGGUCCUCCUGGUGCCUACUGCCCGUGCAAUAUUCACCUGCACACCCUGAUCCUCUGGUCCUCCUGGUACCUGCUGCUCCUGCCACACUCACCUGCACACCAUUGUCCUCAGGCCCCUCUGGUCCCUGCCCGGCCUGUCCCCAGCUCUUCACUGCUAUACUCUUCUUGCGACAAAAUGUUUCCUGCUCUGGGAUUUGGCGCCCAACUCCCACCAGACUGGAAGGUCUCACACGAAUUUGCCAUCAACUUUAACCCCACCAACCCCUUCUGUUGUGGUGUGGAGGGUAUUGCCCAAGCCUACUCUGCCUGUCUCCCUCACAUCCGUUUCUAUGGCCCCACAAACUUUGCUCCAAUCAUCAACCAUGUAGCACGUUUUGCUGCCCAGGCCCUUCAGCAAGAGAAAGCAGCGCAGUACUUCACUCUCCUCAUUAUAACAGAUGGUGUCAUCAGCGAUAUGGACGAGACACGUCACGCCAUCGUACAGGCGUCUAAGCUCCCCAUGUCCAUAAUCAUCAUUGGUGUGGGCAACGCAGACUUUGCUGCCAUGGAGUUCCUAGAUGGAGACGCCAGUGUUUUGAGGUCCAACACGGGAGAGGAGGCUGUUCGGGACAUUGUGCAGUUCGUCCCUUUCAGGGAUUUCCGUAAUGCACCCAAGGAAACUCUCGCCAAGUCGGUUCUGGCCGAACUGCCUCAGCAGGUCACCCAGUACUUUAAACAACGGAAUCUACCACCCAUCAACCCGGCACCGGAGUGAGACAUCCUGAACAAGAGAGUCCACGCGCUGUACAGUAGCUCAGCAAAACCUCUCUUCUUGUUAACAGCAAACAGUAAAGAAUGAAAGUUUCUGUAUCACCUGUGAACAAAUGUUAAGUUUUGGACAAAAAAAUAAAACAUCAAACAUUGAAAACAUCCCUGCCAUUAUAUUUGCAAAGAUUUCUGGUUAAACAAUGCUGGAUCCGUAUCCAACAUGAAUCCAUCAGAAGUGAUGCUGUCUGUUUCUUAAAGCUCUCCAACACUCAGAUGUAUGACAAUACUGUGUAAAGGACCAUUGCAUGUCUUCACUGAUGGCAGGUGAUUAUAUUAAUAUGCAGGUAAAACUCUGGCCUUUUGUAGAUAAAUUAAAACUAUCUUGAUUCAUCUGGUUUGUAUUGUGUUUUGCAUGUGUGUGUCUUGUGAUCGAUACCAUGUGGUACAUACAACUCCUUGAUGUCCCUGUAAGCUGAAAUGUAUCAGUGGUCGAAUCUUCUUCUGUUUUCAUACGGAUCCUUUGCAGGUAGAUCAGAUGAAGGUCGUUUGAUUUUGUGCUCAGGUGUGGCGUACUUACAGACUGAGCCUGAACAGAGCACUGUUUCUUCACCCAUGCACUGUCAUCAUAGAGAGGUUGUAACUUAGAUCUUUAGAUCUCUAGUCAUCUGAUGACCAGUUGGCAGGUUUUAGCUCCACUAUGUUUAUUUGAUUUAAAGUGACUGGAUCAGAGAAGGGUGAAGCCAAAGUGGCGUCUGUAGCACUAACGCAUGAUUAGCGUGGUAUACUGUGUGAACUCUAGGCUGUUCAAUGUGGGACCAUUUUGAUAAGUUUUGCAAAAUCCUUGUAUUUCCUAAGACUUUAGUUCAUGCUGCAUGUUGCCAAUAUCUGCUCAUUAUUUACAAACUGAUGAUCACAAAUGCAUGAUUUUUAUUUCAAAUGAUGUAUUUAUCAGAUUUUGUACAUGUUUUAAUGAGAGUCAAAUGAAAGUGACAGAUGUGUUACAUGGCAAAAUUUUCAGAGAAGGGUUUUACUGAGAGAGUGGAAGCACAGGAGUUUUUGAUGUGCAUAUACAUCGAAUGUAUAUUUAUACAAUGUUGUUUAUCUUCUGAUAAGCAAAUGUUUCUGACCUGUUUUUAAUGUACUUUUUAUGCAGUGGCAAUUUGUGUACUUCAACUACUACUGUGUUUUGCUGUGCAUCUUUGUACCAAAUGUGUUGCUAUUAAUUUUUUUAAAGCUGUCUAUGUCCACGCUCAGGUUAAUAAACUGAAGGUAAUGUCACAUGUUCCCCUCAG